AGUCGACGUGGGGAAGGCAGGUUGGUCCGUCCGUGCGUGCGUGCGUGUGUGUGUGUGGACGUCUUCCACGAGAACCGCGCCGACAUCCAAUCCACUGGAGCUUCGUCUUCCGCCGGUCCUGUCAAGCAAAUGGAGAAGUUGCGCUGCGCCCGGGGUGUGGUAUAAAUGGGCCGAGCAGCCGCCGACCGGCUGUAAUGCUGCGGCGCGCGAGGCGCUCUCUCCGGCAGGUGCUGAGUCUGAUGGCCCGGAGACCGGACCUGCUCUGCGGGGCGAUCGUGCUGGGGGUCCUGCUUGUCCUGGCUGUCAAGUUCACGUGCGGUCGAGCCAAGAAUGUGGUGGCGGUAGCUCGUCCUCCGACGCGGUUCUUCUCUGCUGACGCUCCAGUGAUCGACCUCUACUUGGGUCAGCUCGACCAGGUGGAGCGUCUCCGCAGCGUGGCCGAAGUGUCCCUUAUCUUCUUCUACGCUCCGUGGUGCGCUCACUCCAUGGCGGCGCGGCAGGAGCUGCAGCAGGUCGCCAGGAAACUGGCCAAACAGGUUCAGUUCGUGGCCAUCAACUGCUGGUGGAACCACGGCAAGUGCAGGAAGCAGACGCACUUCUACCAGUACCCAACCAUCCACCUCUUCUACCGCAGGUUUGGGCCGAUAGAGUACAGAGGUCCCAUCCUGGCUCCGUACCUGGAGAGUUUCGUCCUGCGGGUGGUGACGCCGCUGACGUACCUCCCCUCCCGAGCCAAGCUGGAGGAGUUCCUGUCCUGCCACGAGCUGCGGGUGGUGGGCUUCUUCCAGUUCAACUCGUCUCCCCAGCCCCCGGGGUACCUCACCUACCUGUCCUCGGCCCUACAAGCUCUCAAAAGAGACUUCCGUGGUGUGGUGCGUUUCGGCGUGGUGACGAGCAAACAGGUGGCAGAGGCCAUUUCUAUAAACCAAGACGAAACCGUUUACCUCCAUAGAAGACUGAACUCCUCGUUGAUUUUCCCCCGCAGGGAGCGCAACUUCACCUCCGAGAGCAUCUGCAGUUGGGUGUUCGAGCACCGCGAGAGCGUCCUGCAGUGGCUGCAGCCUCCUGGCACCAAGUCGCGCCUCCUGGAGCAUGAGCUGGCCAAAGGUCCGGCGCUGCUGCUGUUCCUGCCGCACGAUCCCACGACGUCUGAGCCCAACCCCGUCCUGCAGCAGGUGGCAGAUGUCGCUCUGCGUUACCACUCCUGUGACCGGGACCAUCACUCCAACUGGGACGGAAGCUUCUCGUCGGACUCGCGGUGCUGCCACUCGGUUUCCGUGCCGCGACCCGGCCCCGCCGGCUGCUGGCUGGACGUUUGCCGGAGAUUCUCCCGCAGAGACGACGGCUGCGGCGUUUCCUGGAGGGACGUGCCGCAGACCCACCUCACUCACUGCUGCCUUCAUCCGCGACCUGCUGACGCCAAGCCCUUAGCCUCUGUGAGCUGUUUCAAUUUCGCGAGCAGCUACAGCCCUUCCAGCCGCUUCAGUGCCUGCUGCCGGAGAAGCACGCCUCGACUUCAAAACAAGACUCUUGCCAAAGACGCCCCAAAAGCUCCUCAGGAGCACGACCUCCUCUCCGGACUCAGGUGUCACACCAACAGGACGCUCAGGUUCUAUGUGCUGGACGUUGCCCUCAACUGGCCUCUGGCCCUGAGUCUUGGAGCGGGAAACGAGAGCAGCUCUCCUCCUCCUCCUCAGAGGAUGGAAGGACCCCAGGGAGACGCACCGUUUGCUGCUAUUGUGAACCUCAAGGACGAAAGCCACUACGUUCUCCCUCGGAGUCCAGUGGCGACACUCACCCAGACUUUAGAGGCCUUCAUUCGGAACUUCAGCACACCUCACAGUGUCCUACAGAGACACCUAGUGGGGCAAGAGAGCCAGAGUGGAGGGGAGCAGGAGUCGCACUCGCGUCCACUUAUCGCCGAACUGACCACGUCCACCUUCCUGCCUUCGGUCAUGCAUGAGGAGAAGGACGUGCUGCUGUUCUACUACACCCAGUGGUGCGGCUUCUGCUCCGUGCUGAACCACGUGCUCAUCCAGCUGGCCAGACUCCUGCAGCGGAACGGCUCCAUCGCCGUGGCCCGGGUCAACGUGGCACGCAACGAUCUCCCGUGGGAAUUCAUGGUGGAUCACGUUCCCUCGCUUCUCUUCUUUCCGAGACACAGGAAGCAUCACAGCGUCAAGUUUCCGGAUGACCUGGCCAUCACGCUUCCAAACCUCCUGCACUUCGUCCUGCAGCACGCGGGGCCCCCGCAUUGCCGCACGGACUCCCCCGGGGCCGACGCGGGUCUCCACGCAGAGUUCCUGGCGCUCCAGCAGGAAGUGGAGACGCUGCAUCACGCCCGCGAGCUGCUCUCCCGCCAGCUGACGCAGCUCUGGCGGGAGAACAGGAGACUGACCUUUGACACCCGCGAGCUGGAGGCCAGGAACAGCGAGCUGCGGCGCGAGCGACAGCAGCUGGAGGAGCAGCACCGGCAGAAGAGCCGGCAGCUGGUGGAGGCCGUGAGGCGGCUGCAGGAGCUGGCCGACGCCUCGGAGAACUUGCUGAGGGAGAACGUGCUGCUGCGGAUGCUGCUGAGGGCGCUGAAGGACCGGACGGGUGUCCAAGAAGAAGAAGAAGAAGAAGCAGCUGAGGAGGACGUGAGAGACGGACAGAGCAGAAGCAACAUGACCUCCUGACAGUCAGAGGAGGCGAAGGCAGCCGAUCAGCUGUUUAAAAGCACCGUCGGUGCUGUGAAAUAUCAGGGAAACCAUCUGCUCAGUUACCGUGACUUCACAAAUCCUCAAGUGGACGGUUCAAAUGUGAACUUAAAAGUGACAAAUUUUUGUGCUGCUGGUCUAUUUUUAAACGCAUCGUUUUUGGAAUCACCCGAGUUUUUCAUGCAAAAAAAAAUAAAAAUCAAUGACACCUCAGUUUCCACGUCGACAAUGGUGCCGUCACGUCCCGACAAGAUUUAGGAACAC